CACCCCAGAAAUCUAAUCAAAAAAUGGUCCGUUGGAAAUAGUGACGUGAGGAGGAGAGAGAAACUUUGAGAUAGAAUACAACAAAAUUACAACAAACCCUAAUUUUUCCAGUAAUCCCCAAUUCCAUUUCAUCCAUUUUUCAACCACGAAACCCAGAAAAUUCCCCCCAAAAGAUAUAUAGAAAUGGCAGCAAUCGAAGAUAAUAAUCCGAAAAACCCUAACCCUAGCGAAACUCCAAGGAAGAGAAGACCUAGCUUGACGGAGUUAUGGUUUAAGGAUCAGCAAUUGAAGCACGCAAUCUUCAGAAUGCAGCAGCUUCAGCAAGCACAUAGCAAUUCAAAUUCACAUUCGAAGAAUUUAAUUUUAGGUUGUGAUCCUUUCUCUCUCCUCUCCGAUGAAUCUCUUAGUUUGAUCCUUUCAAAGGUGCCGAUUUCGCAGCAUUUUUCGAAUUCCUUGGUUUGUAAGAGGUGGUUAGUGAUUCAGGGGGGAUUAAUUAGUUCUAUUAAACUGUUUGAUUGGGAUUUUCUUGAAUCUGGGCGAUGUACUUGCCGGUUUCCUAAUUUAACUGAAAUUAAUCUUGCUCCAGCUUGUUUUAGGAGCUGUUGGAGCUCUGGGAUUUUGAUGUCUCAUAGAUUGGUUUCCAUUCAUCUCGAUUCGGAGAUUGUGAGUGAUAGUUUGAUUGGUAGAGAAGGGGUUUUGGGUUCAUGUUCAAUUGAUAAGGGACUUAAAGUGCUUGCUAACGGGUGUCCUAAUUUGAGUAAAUUAGUGUUGGUUAAUGCUGGUGAGAAAGGGUUAGGUUUUCUGGCUGAAAAAUGUUUGAUUCUGCAGGAAUUGGAGAUACAUUGCUGUGAGGAUAUGUCAUUGAGCGUGAUUUCCGGGUUUAAGAACUUACAAAUACUCAAAUUGGCGGGUUGUGUUGAUGGGCUGUAUGAUUCUGUGAUAACCGAUAUCGGGUUGACGAUGGUAGCUCAGGGUUGUAGGAGGCUAGUUAAGCUUGAGCUUAGUGGGUGUGAGGGUAGCUAUGAUGGGAUUAAGGCCAUUGGGCAAUGCUGUCAAAUGUUGGAAGAGUUGACCCUUUGCGGUCAUAAGAUGGAUGGUGGGUGGUUGUCUGCUCUUUCCUUUUGUAGCAAUCUGAAGACCUUGAAACUUCAGUCUUGCCAGAAUAUAGACACCUGCCCAGGUCCUGAUGAGCAUUUGGGAUCUUGCCUGACACUCGAGGAGCUGUACUUGGAGCGAUGUCAAGUUCGGGAUAAAGUGAGUAUGAAAGCUCUGCUCUUGGUGUGUGAUUCUGUCAGAGAGAUUUCAUUUCAGAAUUGUUGGGGAUUGGAGGAUGAUAUAUUCCGUUAUGCAGCUAUCUGUAGGAGGGUGAAGUCUUUAUCAUUGGAAGGGUGCUCCUUGCUGACAACAGAAUGUUUGGAUUCGGUGGUUCGUAGUUGGACAGAGCUGCAGACGCUUAAAGUGGUGUCAUGUAAUAGUAUAAAAGAUUCUGAAAUUACUCCCGAACUGGCCACUCUGUUUUCUGUCCUGAAAGAAUUGAAGUGGAGGCCAGAUUCCAGAUCACUACUAGCGUCAAGUCUUGCUGGCACUGGUGUAGGAAAGAAGGGCGGUAGAUUUUUCAAGAGGGUACGAGGCUGAACUAAUCUGGCGGUGAGAGUCUGGGCGUCAAUUGUUGCUAUCCAACUGUCUCAGACAUCCACUCUUAAAGGUGGUCACCAUGGUGGACAAAAAAAAGAAAGUGAUGGGCUUUCUGGAAGCUGCCUAGAGAGCCAUUGUCAACAUUUGUAUAUACUUCUCUUCGUGUCCCCAAACUGUACGAGGGGUUCCAUUUUGUUGCUGGUUUCAAUAAGAACAAUUAUGUUCAUGUACUUUACAUAGAAAUGUAGCAAAGUUAUAUGUUUUCCAUCAAGUAGUUGAAUCUGUUAACUGGAAUUAUUGCACUCAAAACCCCCCCUCACACUAUUAUAUUAGGACUUGUGGGACUUUCCAAAGUUGCUUCCCUGCA